AUGAACUUCAACUUCGGACUGUCCAACCACGAUCCUAAGGCAUGGUCCACCAUGGAGACCUGGAUGAGCACACGUUUCGAUUCUCAUCCCCAAUGCAACCUGUCGAAGACAUUCACUUCGUAUCGACCAACUCGUUUGCUCAAGCUGGACACUCCACACACAUUCCACUUUGUCCCAGGGACCGAGCGUUCCCAGACCCUACAGGAUAAAGCGUUGAGCUGUUGCUGGGGUACGAAGAUUGUUGAGCAUCUGCUACGACUACUACAAUCAACUGUCGAAGACUUGAGCCAGGAACAGCCAGUCGACAACUUCCCAAAGACCUUCAGGGAUGCUAUAGAUGUUUCUCAACACUUUGGCGUCGAUUACAUUUGGAUUGAUCGACUAUGCAUCUUCCAAGGCUCCACCGAGGACUGGCAGAGGGAAGCAUCAACAAUGCAAGACGUGUAUAGGAACGCACUAUUCAGUGUUUCAGCACUUGGCGUGGAAAAAGCGAACGCUUAA